CGGUUCAUGUAUGUGUAAGGUCUGUGACUAUAAUCACGGCCAUUACAAGGAGUCUGGAUAAGAGGUUGAGUGUUAACAUUGUAGAUUAAAAAGUACGAAGUAUGUAGAUCAGAGCGUUGAUACUGUUUCGAGAAUAUCGGAAUAAGAGUUCAAAGAAUAUUUCUUUGGUGGAAACUUAAAAACACCAUUGUAUAUAAUACUGUGCUGCAUAAAUAAUCUUAGUGUAGAAUGCAACUACUACAUUAAUCUGGAGAAAGAACAGUUAAUCUACAUACGUUUUGGAAUAUUUUAAGUGAAAAUGGUUGGAUAUUGUUAUGUUUGCAAAUCAUCAGGACAGAAAGAUGAUGUAUCCAUUCAUCGGCUACCAAAAGAUAUGGAAACUAGAACAAGAUGGAUGGAAUUUUUCGGCCAAAAAAUAGGUGCAUCUGGCGGUAUUUGUAGUCAACACUUUAAACCAACUGAUUUUGUAUACAAAUCGUAUGGAAACAUCUUUAGGAGAUGUCUUAAACCUGGAGCAUGUCCAUCUCUGUUACCGAGAUUACAAACUGUCAGAAAUUAUGUUGAACUAGUUGAAAAUAAUUGCUUACCAUUAAAAAUUGAAAGUGACAUUAAUCGAGAAAGAGAUAUGCCAAUAAAUAAAGAAAUUCAAAAAUGCAUAAUUGUAGAUGAAAUGAAUAAUUCAGAGAAUUCAAUGAAUACUCAAUUUAAUAGAGAAACUGAUGAUCCAUUACCCAUUACAGAAGUUGAUGUUAAUGAUAUUAACUUAAAAGCAAGUAUAUUGCAAAAUGAGAGUGAAGAAUCCUUAUUGUUAGAUGUAGAUGAAACAGAUAUAAUAGAUGUAGAAUUCAACAGAGAAACAGAUGACCCUUUAGCCGUAACAGAACAUAACACUAAUCUAGCAACAUGUGCGCUAUUAGGAAAUAGAAGACAGAAAUUCGUAAACAUAGCUGACCUGAAAACUUCAACAAAUUCAGCAAAUAAUCAAUUGAAAAGAAAAACAAAUGUUUCCUUGACUACGUAUCCUGGAAAACGCUUUUACAAUCCAAGAUACAUUGACGAUCUACAUCGAGAAGAUUUUGUUUCAGAUAAAUCUUGGUUUUUGUUCCAAGAUUAUACUAAAAAAACAAAAGCAAAAGUAAAAUCUUUAAAGUGCAAAAAUACAUAUUUAAAUAAAAAGGUUAUUAAACUGCAAAACCAGUUACAUGAUUUUGCAGAGAUUAUUCGCGCACAACAAACAUGAUACAUAAAACAUUCUAAAUUAGUUUAAAAAAAGAGGAGAGUCCAUGAUUAGUGUUGAAAGCUUCAAAAACAUUUGUUUAACUUGAAUUACAUAAUUGUAAUACUUCUUCCAAAAAAGAAACGGUUCUGAUGUUUUAAAA